CAGAGGGUGUUCGUAGGGACCGAAAAAAAAAAAUAAAAAUAAAAAAGGCACGCUUAAAGGGCAACGGCUGGGAUGGGAAGAAGGACCUUGGCUCCUGGGGAUGUGUCCCAGCUCUGGGGGUCCAUGCUGCACCCCUCAGCCCUUCCCAGCGGGGCUGCCACCCAGGUGCCCCCAGGGCAGGUGGAGCUGGGCCGUGGCCAGGGCGAUGGGAUGGGAUCAGCGCCCUCCCGCUGUGGCAGCUCCCACGGGUGGGGAUGAACGGCGCUGCCCUUCCCCGCGCCCUGUCUGCGCAGGCUGUGCCCGUGCCCGCGUCCCCAGCCGGCACCGCGCAGUGGGCCGGAGGUGUGACACUUGCGCCUGUCACUCGGUGCAGCGAGGCCACCAGCCCUGCCACCGCCUGGGUCACCCUGCCCGGCGCUGAGACCAGGACAGGGGCUAUGGGGGCUGCCCCCUCUGCGGUGGGGACCCCAGGGAUGGCCGGCCACGGGGACACGGUGCACAGCCUGCAGGAGCUGCGGCGCAGCGCGUCCCUGGCCACCAAGGUCUUUGUGCAGCGGGACUACAGCGACGGGACCACGUGCCAGUUCCAGACAAAGUUCCCCCCCGAGCUGGAGAGCCGGAUCGAGCGCCAGCUCUUCGAGGAGACCGUGAAAACUCUUAACAGCUUCUACGCUGAAGCGGAGAAGAUCGGGGGCAGCUCGUACCUGGAGGGGUGCCUGGCCUGCGCCACCGCCUAUUUCAUCUUCCUCUGCAUGGAGACGCACUACGAGAAGGUCCUGAAGAAGAUCUCCAAGUACAUCCAGGAGCAGAACGAGAAGAUCUACGCGCCACGGGGGCUGCUGCUCACCGACCCGCUGGAGCGUGGCAUGAGGGUCAUCGAGAUCUCCAUCUACGAGGACCGGUGCAGCAGCGGCAGCUCCAGCAGCGGCAGCUCCAGCAGCAGCAGCGGUGGCGGGGGGGGCGGCGCGGGGGGCCGGUGACUGGCAGAGAGUCCCUGCAGGGACUCGUACUGCCGGGACAGCGGCCUCUCCGAAAUCCGCAGGCUGCACUACCAGAGCACCCGCUUCUAAGCCCAGAGCGGGCGGGCGGGCAGGGGGGGCCCAGGGGCUGCCCGCCCCCCCUCUGCGACGUGCCCCCCACAGCGGCUUUGCCCCUGCUCAGAUCCGCUGCGGGCAGGGGCUGCUGCUGGGGCGUCCCAGGUGCUUCCCACUGAGCCAAACGAGUGCCAAAGGGCUCCCGCAGCCCCCACCCCGGGGUGCUCUGCGCCGCCGCCCCUGCCCCGAGCAGCCCCAGCGGGCAGCACCCCAGUGCCCCUGGCAGUGCUAAGGAUGGGGGGGCUUAGCCCCGUGCCCCCGGGGCGCCCUGCUCUUGGUGCCACGGGCCCGUUGUCCCAGUGCCACUUUGUCUGCGUGUCGGUGCCGUGCGCGCACCCCACACGCUGCUCCUGGGGGCCCCGACUGCUCCGGCAGCACCCCGCUCCCUGCCCGACCCCGUGCUGUCCCCAGCGAGCUCCCUGCUCCCACUGCUGAGCCCUCCUCUGCCCCACACAUCCUGCAUGCGUCCGUCACCUCCCUGCAUCAGGGGUGCCCUGCUCCCUGCACCCCGCAGGCACCAGCUCUGCAGAGCCCCCCGCACCCCAAUUUUCAGCCUGUGGUGGGGACCCCUGGCUGCAAGACAGGGCCAGGUGGGGGGUUGUCAGAAUGGGGGGGCAGGAGAUGAGCAUCCCCACUACGCCCAGCACCCCAAGGAGAGUGGGUGCAGGGUGGAAGCGAGCUGGCGUGGCUCUCCCGGGGCUGCAGGGGGAGGGCUCUGCCCCCCAGGACCCCCCUCAGCUCGGUCAUUGUGUGCGUGGGGACCCCAGGCCCGUUGUUCCCGCUGGGGCACCCUGCAUGGAGCCCUUCAAUAAACCUCACGCUUCAUCCCCGCCACCUGCCCUGCCUCCUCCUGCGCCUCAACAAUGCCGGGGGCUGUGCUGGGGCCGGACUCCCCCUGGCACAAGGGGGGGCACCGAGCAGGCUGUGGGGGCAGCCCCGCAAGGAGGGUGAGCAUGGGGGAAAAUGAAAGGGAGGGAUGGGGCAUCACAGCCCCAGCAGGACACGUCCCCACAGGAAAGGGCUCGGUUGGCAGCGGGCAGAGCCUGCAUGGGGACCGUGCUCAGCAGGGCUGGGGGGGAACAGAGGCAGGUUAGGGGGGGCCGGCGGCGUCCACCCCCAGCCAGGGAGACGCCACAGCAGCAUCAAGAGCAUCACGCACACGCCCCGUGGGUGGUGGUGCAGAGCUAGAUGUGGUCCUGCAAGCCCUGGGGAGCAGCACCCAGGGGCAAGGUGGGGGAGAAGCAAGGGGAGGCGGCACAGUCCCCAGGAGCAGGGACCCUCCAGGCAUCUCCUGCCAGCCUCCCCCCAGGGUCAGGGGGUGCUGGGGGUGCUCCCAGGCUGCGCAGCCCAGUUACUAGACAGUGUAUAGUUUAU